ACAGCGUUCCGUGGCUUCUAUGCCGUCAGUUAAUUAGUUUAUUAAAAAAUUAAUUUCAAGUACUAAAUUAUGAAAUCUCUGGGAAAGCAACACUCAGGUCUCUGAGGGAGAAACAGACAUUUGUUGGACACCACCGAUUGUGGACCCUGAACCACAAGAUUACACUCUCCGGUGUCGUUUUGCCCCACUUGGAGCCAUUCCUCUGUUCAACGUGAACAAAUUAAAUAAGAAAAAGAAAUAUCUUUUAUAAGCUCACAUGUGUAGAGUGAAGAAUGACCGCUAAUUUCCAGCAUAGUCCUACUCAUGCUAGAGGUCCCACUUUACACUUGGGAAGCAGAUCUUAGGAGCUUAAGCGGUGGAAGGACACUUAACCGUUCUCGUAACUCCACGUGUUGUGGCACGGUCAGCAAUGGAAUCAGUACAAUUUGGCCGAUCCUCCAUGGACAUUAAGUGACCACUUCCAACUCCCAGGUACUCAGAACUGAACUCAACAACGUACAAGUCAGAAGGGAUUUGUAAGCCUUGAACUGGUGAGCGACCUAGUUUUCUAUGCAUGGAUUUCCUAACUGAUUUUGAGAGAUUCGCUGAAUCUGUUGCGUAGGUUUCUGUUUCUUUGAUGGUGCUUUCUCACUGAUUGAAAGUAUCCGAGCAAUGGCAACAGUGACAGCCUCACACUUUGUUUCAAGAAGUUCACUUGUCAACAGCCAUGAAACAAAGGCCAAUCUGGCACAGAUCGGCAUGACGAAUCAAACCAUGACUCACAAUGGUUUGAGGUCUUUGAACCAGGUAGAUAGGUUGCAGAUGAGAACCCAUGCAAAGGCUGUUUCCAGGCAAGCUGUGAAAGUGGGACACUCCACUGCAAAUGACAAGCCUUCCGGGAAAAUUAUUUGCGGAACAGGGAUGAACGUGGUCUGUGUGGGAGCUGAGGUUGCUCCAUGGAGCAAAACUGGUGGACUCGGUGAUGUCGUUGGUGGACUUCCUCCAGCACUGGCUGCCAGAGGACACCGUGUUAUGACAGUGUCUCCUCGCUAUGAUCAGUACAAGGAUGCAUGGGACACCUCUGUAUUAGUUAAGCUAAAAGUCGGGGACAAAAUUGAGACUGUUCGGUUCUUCCACUGCUACAAACGUGGAGUUGAUCGUGUCUUUGUUGAUCACCCCAUGUUUCUUGAGAGGGUAUGGGGCAAAACGGGAUCCAAAAUCUAUGGCCCUCGGGCAGGUUUAGACUACAAGGACAAUCAAUUGCGAUUUAGCUUGUUUUGCCAGGCUGCUCUGGAGGCACCCAGAGUUUUGAAUUUAAAUAGCAACAAAUAUUUCUCAGGACCAUAUGGGGAAGAUGUUGUCUUCAUUGCCAAUGAUUGGCACACUGCUCUUGUUCCAUGCUAUUUGAAAAGCAUGUACCAAUCUAGGGGCAUCUACAUGAAUGCCAAGGUUGCCUUUUGCAUCCACAACAUAGCCUAUCAGGGAAGAUUUUCGUUUGCAGAUUUCUCACUUCUCAAUUUGCCUGAUCGGUUCAAGAGUUCAUUUGACUUCAUAGAUGGGUAUAACAAGCCUGUCAAGGGAAGGAAAAUUAAUUGGAUGAAGGCUGGAAUUAUAGAAUCAGACAGAGUCUUGACUGUAAGCCCAUACUAUGCCCAGGAGCUUGUUUCUGGUGCAGACAAAGGUGUUGAACUUGAUAACAUCAUUCGUAAAACAUGCAUCACUGGCAUUGUGAAUGGCAUGGAUGUUCAAGAAUGGAAUCCUGCCACUGACAAAUACAUCAGUGUCAAAUAUGAUGAAACAACUGUAAUGGAUGCAAAGCCAUUAUUGAAGGAAGCUCUUCAAGCAGAAGUGGGGUUACCUUGUGACAGGGAUGUUCCAGUGAUCGGCUUCAUUGGUAGGCUAGAAGAGCAGAAAGGUUCAGAUAUUUUGGCAAAAGCUAUUCCAAAAUUCAUUGGAGAAAAUUGUCAGAUCAUAGUCCUUGGAACUGGCAAAAAGGCCAUGGAGAAGCAGAUUGAGCAGCUAGAUAUCCAGCAUCCUGACAAGGCUAGAGGAGUAGCCAAAUUCAAUAUUCCAUUAGCCCAUAUGAUUAUUGCUGGUGCUGAUUACAUUUUGAUCCCUAGUAGAUUUGAACCGUGUGGUCUCAUUCAGCUGCAUGCUAUGCGAUAUGGAACCGUGCCAAUUGUUGCCUCUACUGGUGGACUCGUUGACACUGUCAAGGAAGGAUACACAGGGUUCCAAAUGGGAGCCUUCAGUACUGAAUGUGAUGCAGUGGAUCCAAGUGAUGUAGAUAACGUGGCAAGAAGUGUCAAGAGAGCUCUCGCAACAUAUGGCACUCAAGCCCUGAAAGAAAUGAUCCAGAAUUGUAUGGCACAAGAUCUUUCAUGGAAGGGACCAUCAAAGUUGUGGGAGAAGAUGUUGUUGAGCCUAGAGGUCGCUGGCAGUGAACCUGGCGUUGAAGGAGAGGAGAUUGCUCCUCUUUCCAAGGAAAACGUUGCCACUCCCUGAGCAUGGAGACUAUUGAGUUUGAAUGUUCAAGUAUUGACUUCAGCAAGCAAAGGCAUAGCGCAAACUACUAAGUGCCUUCUUUCUUUAAUACAACUAUGUAUCUAUCUACUGUGGACAGCCAUUUGCUUGAGCGGUGGAAAACAAACUCCCCUGCAGGUGCAGUCAAUGCUACUUUUGAAGGUGAAAAGAUAGGAGCUUGUAUAAAGAUAUAGUAUAGUAAGGAAGCUAACAGGUGUUGUUGAUGUUCGCGAUAACUAAACACAGAAGCAAUUUCUCUGCAUAGCUUUAUGCGUUAUGUCAAGUAAAUAAAAGACUUCUUCAACUUCUAGAAAUAAAUUGCCUUUGGAA